AUGAGAAUAAUCGUAAAAGGUGGUGUUUGGAAGAAUACCGAGGAUGAAAUAUUAAAGGCUGCUAUAUCCAAGUAUGGUAAGAAUCAGUGGGCUAGAAUAUCGUCUCUCUUAGUUCGUAAAACACCAAAGCAAUGUAAAGCUCGUUGGUAUGAGUGGUUAGAUCCUUCAAUAAAGAAGACUGAGUGGUCAAAACUCGAGGAUGAGAAGUUACUCCACUUGGCCAAGUUAAUGCCCACUCAAUGGCGUACUAUUGCUCCUAUCGUUGGUAGAACUGCCACUCAAUGUCUCGAACGCUAUCAACAACUCCUCGACGAAGCUGAACGCCAAGAGAACGUUGAUCUUGGUUUAUCUGGCCCUGGCGAUGAAGCUGGUCCAAGUGAUGACAUGCGUAAACUAAAACCUGGUGAAUUAGACACUGACCCAGAAUCCAAACCCGCAAAACCUGAUCCUAUCGAUAUGGAUGAAGAUGAGAAGGAAAUGCUUAGUGAAGCUCGCGCUAGACUUGCAAACACUCAAGGUAAGAAAGCUAAACGUAAAGCACGUGAACGUCAACUUGAGGAAGCUCGUCGUUUAGCUGUUCUUCAAAAGCGUCGUGAAUUGAAAGCUGCAGGUGUCAUUUCAAGGAUACGUGAGAAGAAAAAGGGCGUUGAUUACAACGCGGAUAUUCCUUUCGAGAAACAGCCUGCUAUUGGUUUCUAUGAUGUUGGUGAAGAACGCGCAAAGACUUACGAUUCCUCCAUCGGUAAAUCAAGAAUGGAAGCUGAAGGUAAACGCAAAUCAGAUAAAGGUGAUGAUGAUCGUCGCAAGAAGCAGAAAACUUCUAAUAAAGAAUCUAAUGAUAAAUUUCAAGCUGCUCGUGAAGCUCAAAUUGCCAAACUCAAAGAAGCUGACAAAAUAUCUGCUCGUCGUAAAUUAGACCUACCAACUCCUCAAGUGGGUGAAAAGGAACUUGAAGAUAUCGUCAAACUUGGUCAAGCAGGUGAAAGUGCUCGUGAGCUUGUUGAGGAUGGUCAAGGCUCUACUCAAGGUUUACUCAGUGACUACGACGCUCUUGGUCCUGUACAAAAUCUGCGCACUCCUCGUACUGAACAAGGCGAGGAUAAUGUGAUGAGUGAAGCACGCAAUUUGAGAAACAUGACAGCAAGUCAAACACCUUUACUUGGUGAGGAGAAUACACCGAUCCAUGAGCAGAAAGGUGGUACAGGUUAUGAUUCGGCCACUCCACGACACGCACCAAACUUCACUCCCAACCCUCUAGCCACGCCUAGUCAAGUUGGUCCAGGAGCUACACCACUCAAAACACCUAUGCGCGAUACACUCUCAAUCAAUCGCACAGAUGGUAUCUCUGAAGCAUUCGAAACACCCGCUGAGCGUAAAUUCAGCGAAAAGUCUGAACGUGCUAGGCUGAAGAUGGGUUUUAAGAGUCUACCCACACCUCAAAACAACUUCGAAAUUGAAAUGCCUGAAGAUGAGGUGAACGAGGAUGGUGAUAGUGUUGCUAUAUCGCGUAAAGAGGAUGCAGCAGAGCGUGAUGCACGUAUUGCAGCUGCUAUUGUUGAAGAAGAGCGCAAAAUAGCAUCUCGACGUUCAUCCGCAAUCAAACUCAGUCUACCGCGUCCAAUUAAUGUGGAUGCUGCCCAGCUUCUUGGCUCGCUAACGCUCAAUGAAAAGACAGUAGAUGAGAUGAUAGAGAAUGAAUAUCUCAGGUUGGUAGUUCACGAUGCAGUGUAUUACCCACUCCCUGGAUCUACACCUGCCAAAGAUAUUGAUGAAAUCACUCAGCUUCCAGAUGAAGCUGUUGAAGCCGCUAAAGCGGCUGUGAAUACUGAGCUUGCAGCAAGGAUGGGUGUACCUGGUGCCAACGCUGAUGCAGUCAAACGCAGUCUUUUAGUAUCGAUUGAAGGACAACUUGAUGCUAUACCAGCAGGUGAAUUCGCUUACUCAUCAUCUAAGAAGGCAGUUGUCAGUGUAAAUGAGCUCAGUGAGGUUGAGAAGGUCAAAUAUUAUGAAGCCAGAUUCAACAGUAUCAAGGAAAGAUUAACGAAUGACGCGAUUAAGACAGCAAAGCAGGAAAAGAAGCUUGGGGUGAAAUUGGGUGGAUAUAUUGCACGUAAGGAUGUGUUAUCGAAGAGAUUACUUGACGCUUUCAAUGCGAAUGAGAUUGGAUCUAUUGAAAGAGAGGCAUUUGGUCAACUGGCACUGAAUGAGCGUGAAGCUGCACCAAUUCGUGUGAAUAGACUCGAAAAGGAGGUCUCGUUUAUGCAACAGCGUGAAGCUGAACUUCAAUCAAGAUAUAAGGAAAUGGACAUGGAAAGACAUCGCCGUGAGCAAAUCAUUGAAGGAUUAGAGGAAGAGGAAGCAGAGCGUCUUAAUGAAAUAGCGCUAGCUGAUGGGGUUGAUUCAAAACCAUCACGAUCAAUAAUGAAGACCAACGCAGUGGUGAUUUCUUUGGCACUUAGCACAGCUGCCGUAGAAGCCAAUUGGUUCGAUAGCAAGCCACACAGCCUUAAGGAUUGGAAUGCUGAUCAACUUCAAGGCUGGCUCAAGGAAAACAAAAUUAGUUUCCCUGAUAACGCAAAUAAGGAUGAUUUGCUUAGAUCCGUGCACAAGAGCUGGGAUACUAUAGCAAACCAUCAGCAACGUCUUCUUAAUGACUUGAAAGACGAGACGAUUGAUAGUUGGGAUGAGUCUAAAAUACGCCAAUACCUCCUCGAAAAUGGCGUCGUUGCUCCAAGCUCAAAUGUAGAAGAAUUGCGCGUGUUAGUGAAGCAAUUAGUCACUGAAGUUCGCUCCUCUGCCUCCUCUGCAUCCGCUCAAGCAACUGCCCAUGCCGCGUCCGCUUACGAUUCAAGCAAGGAAUACGCUAAGGAUCAUAUUCAUUUCGUUCAAGAUUACGUUCUUAACGAGCUCAAUGACUCCAAAGACUUCAUUUACUCCACUUGGAAUGACAACGACUUGCGCUCUUUCCUCGAGAGAAAGGGUGUUAUUCGAACUAAUGUUCAAGUUAAACGCGAUGAUCUGCUUAAAAGUAUGCGUCAUUACUACGCUGCUGCCACAGACCCUGUAUACGCUGCUUGGUCAGACAAUUACAUCAGACACUGGCUUCAGAACAAUGGCGUCAUCAAGUCCAAGACGGCUCAGACUCGUGACGAAUUACUCAACUUGAUGAAGGACAACUACUAUGACGCAAAGAGCUAUGUCUACAACAGCUGGUCUGACAACCAAAUUCGCAGCUGGCUAAUCGACAAUGGCUACCUCAUGUCAAGAGAACAGAAAACACGCCAAGAACUUCUCGAUCUCAUCGACAAGUACUUUACUACAUCCCGUAACACUGUCAUAUCUUCUUGGCACACAAGCGACCUCCGUCAAUGGGCUAUCGAGCACAACCUCAUCAAGUCAGAUGUACAAAUUAAGCGUGAAGAUUUGGAAAAGUUGGCCCACAAAAAGUACGACAAGUUAACGCAAGCUGCUUCACCAUACAUUGCAUGGACUGAUGCCAGAUUGCGUGGAUGGUUGAGAGCACACUCUCCAGACAUGAACGCAGCCAACAAGACACGCACUGAACUUAUCAGUGAGGUGAGAAAGCGCUACUCAGCAACACAGGGCUAUGGUGAAUCUCUCAAGGGCACUAUCAUGUCUUAUGUUGAUUUCGGUUUGCAUUCUAUCGAUCACUUUUAUGCAUACCUCACUGGCACGGCUCAGUCACUCGCUGAACGCGCACAGGAAAAGGCGGAGGUGCUUGGUAAAUCGGCUGACGCGGCGUCUUCCUCCGCUGCAAGCGCUGCGUCAUCUGCAUCUUCCUUGGUCGCUAAGGCUUCCCACUCUGCCAAACAAGAGCUUUGA